GUGACAGUUGUGUUGUGACUUGCAUCUUAUUUAUUCUGCUACAUUAAGUGAUAUUUCCUUAUUUCAAUAAUCAUCACAGUAUAAUGGCUGACAAACAGAAAGUAGACCUUGGUUUGCUAGAAGAGGAUGACGAGUUCGAAGAAUUUCCCGCGGAAAAUUGGGGUACAGAAGACGCUGAUGAUGAAGAUGUAUCGGUUUGGGAAGACAACUGGGAAGACGACGUCAUCCAAGAUGAUUUUAAUCAGCAGUUGAGGCAACAACUGGAAAAACUGAAGGAUCAGAAAUCUUAAUUUUAACUUAGUUGUAAUUAAAUAAUAAUAAAUGUGAUUUUUUCGAAA